UCAAGAACUGAUGCCCAUCCCGAGAAUUUAAAUAAUCAAGAUCAUCAUGAGGAGUCAGCUCUUCUUUCUCUAUCCACAUCACCAUACAGAUUAUCUCCUCAGCCAUCUUCAUCCCCUUCCCCACAUGAUUAUUUGAUGUCCCCCCAAUCACCUGAGACAUCUGCAUCUGCAGUCUUUUCCAAUACAUCCACAUCAGAGGGGCACUCUGCUGCAACAUCUCUGAUCCCACCUGCCCCCACAUCAUUACAAAUUCAACCAGAAGCCUCCACAUCAAACCAUGCAGUCAUGUCAACAAUCCUUAUUGAACCCCCUACAUUUCGAGUCAUUUGUGAAACCCCUGCUUAAGCAUCACCUCAAGCUUCACCUGAGACUCAAAAAAUCACCUCUAUGAAUAUAAAUAGCAAUCAAUUUAAACAUUUGAAAGAACAUACUCUGUUUAUACUUGACCAAGUUUCCAGAAAUUAAGUCAUUAUGUUUUACUCAAGACUAGCCACACUCGAAGAGCAGACAUUUCCAGAUCAACAUCUUGAAAACAAAUUUCGACAAUUUAAAAACACAAUACAAUCACUUAUAGAUGUGUUCCGAAUCAAUGAAGAGCCAACACCUCAAGCUACACUAACACAGGCUGAUAUAUUAAAAAUACCUGUUUUCAAAGGAAAAGGAAAGAAAACAAACAGUACCAGAAACACACCAACUUUACCUAGUCUUCUUAGCGGUAAAGAAUUUCAACAAGCAUUGAAAAAAAAAAUAGAUAGAAUAGAAGAAACUGAUAGGAAGAAGAUUGUCACUAAACUACAAAAGGAUGAGUUAAAAAGAAAAAAAGAAGAGGAAAAGGCAACUAACAAAGUUGUGAAGGACAAGGAAAAAGUAGAAAAACAAAUGCACAAGCAAGUAAUAGAAAGGAAGAAACUAGAAGCUAAGAAAAUGAACAAACCGAGUACUUCAAAAGACAUAGAUGAAGACAGUGAGGACAAUCCAUCAUUAAGAAGGGAGAUGGACAAAGAGUUGGCUGCUGGUGUUGAUGGUGCUGACCAAGUAAGAAAUCAAACCACAAAAGAUACUUGCUCAGGUUGUGGCAAAAAAGGUGGAAAUAAUGGAAAUAUUUAGAUCCUUUGUGAAGUAUGUGAUCGGUGGCUUCAUGUGGAAUGCACUCACAUGUCAAAAAAUUUGACAAGUGAAGAGCUUGGAGAUCUUUCUUUUGUGUGUCAAUCAUGUUGCCCAGAUCAA